AUGGAAGAACCCCAGGCCGACGAGAGCAACAGCAGUGGGCGGAGGAGCUCUUCCAGCAGGGAGUGUUUGAAGAGAAGCCCGCGGAGCCCGAAAGCGGAGGGCUCCGAUUCGGUGACAUCUCAGUCCUCACCCAGUGAAGAGGCUGGAAUGAUGACUGAGGUGAAGGUGAAAACAGAGGUACCAGAUGACUAUAUCGAAGAGGUGAUCUGGCAGGAUGACACCAAAGAUUCCAAGAAGAACAUAAAAGAUGGGCCGGGAGAUGUGCCGGCGGAGAUCUGCGUGGUCAUAGGUGGGGUCCGCAACCAGCAGACGCUCGAUGGAAAAGCAGUGGAACGUGGCUCUCCUGUUGGAUAUACACGAAAUCGAUAUUCAGGGACCUGGAUUUUUGACCAUGCAUUGAGAUACACGUCCGGGUCUUACGAGUGUGGAAUAUGUGGGAAGAAAUACAAGUAUUACAACUGUUUCCAGACCCACGUGCGAGCGCACAGAGACACUGAAGCUGCCUCAGGUGAAGGAGCCUCACAAGGCAGUGCCCCUCUGGCUGCUGAAAGGGAGAAGAAGCCUCUCUCCAGAGCUGUGUUUGUGCUGCCCUGGGUGGAAGCCACAGAAGCAAACAAUUUUAGGUACACGUGUGACAUUUGUGGGAAAAAAUAUAAAUAUUAUAGCUGCUUCCAAGAGCACAGAGACCUACAUGCCGUGGAUGUUUUUAGUGUGGAAGGGGCCCCAGAAAACCGGGCAGACCCCUAUGAUCAGGCCGUCAUAGCAGCAGAUGAAGUGAAGGAGGAGGAGCCAGAGCCGUUCCAGAAGAUUGGUCCAAAAACUGGCAAUUACACCUGUGAAUUCUGUGGCAAGCAGUACAAAUACUACACUCCCUACCAAGAACAUGUGGCACUGCAUGCACCUAUUAAGUUCUCUCGAUCUCCACUCUUCGUGGCAGUGAAGACACAGGCGAGCCAAUCCAGCAAAAAAACACCGGCUUCAAUAAACCGAUGUUCUACCCUCCUGCACCGCACCCCCUCCGGUGUCCCACCGGCAUCCCAAUCCCAGAUGUUCCGCGCUCCAAAUUCUGGAUCCCCAGGAAGCAAGGCCAUUACAGCAGAAAGUGCUUUCAGCAGAAGAGUGGAAGGCAAAGCGCAAAACAACUUUGAAGAAACAAACAGCAAUUCUCAGAACUCCAGUGCUGUUCAUUCGGGGACAGAAAAACCUAAAGAAAAGAGGUGUAAGCAGAACCCAUCAGAAACCGCAAGUCCCCUGAUUUCAAAUCCUUUCCCGCUUUUACAAAAGCCUUACACCUGUGGAGCUUGUGGAAUCCAGUUCCAGUUUUAUAACAAUCUCCUGGAGCACAUGCAGUCCCAUGCAGCUGACAACGAGAACAAUAUUGCCUCUAGCCAGCCCAGAUCACCUCUACCUGUUGUUGAAGAAAAGUGGAAACCACAGCUCCAAAGAAAUAACGCCAACAAUACAUCCGCGAGCGGUUCGGUAGGGAACAGCGCGAUCCCAGAGAAGGAGCGGCAGAACAUUGCCGAGAGGCUCCUGAGGGUGAUGUGCACUGACCUUGGGGCUCUGAGUGUGGUGAGCGGGAAGGAGUUCAUCAAGCUAGCACAGACCCUGGUGGAUAGUGGAGCCCGCUAUGGUGCCUUCUCUGUCACCGAAAUCCUUGGCAAUUUCAACACACUGGCUCUGAAGCAUUUGCCUCGGAUGUACAACCAAGUGAAGGUGAAAGUCACCUGCGCCCUGGGCAGCAACGCAUGCCUUGGCAUUGGUGUCACUUGCCACUCACAGAGCAUUGGCCCCGAUUCUUGCUACAUCCUGACAGCUUAUCAGGUGGAAGGCAACCACAUCAAGAGUUACGUCCUGGGAAUUAAGGGCGUAGACAUUCGAGAUAAUGGUGAUUUUAUCCACCACUGGGUACAGAAUGUGCUCUCGGAGUUUGUGAUGUCAGAGAUCAGGACGGUGUACGUCACAGACUGCAAAGUCAAUUCCUCUGCGUUCUCCAAGGCAGGCAUGUGCUUGCGUUGUUCGGCCUGUGCCUUGAACUCAGUAGUACAGAGUGUGCUGAAUAAGCGAACACUACAGGCUCGCAAUAUGCACGAAGUGAUCGAGCUCCUGAAUGUCUGUGAAGAUCUGGCAGGAUCCACGGGCCUCUCGAAGGAGACCUUUGGCUCCCUGGAAGAGACCUCUCCCCCACCCUGCUGGAACUCGGUCACCGACUCCCUCCUGCUCGUCCACGAGCGCUACGAGCAGAUCUGCGAGUUCUACAGCAGGGCCAAGAAGAUGAACCUCAUCCAAAACCUGAACAAACACCUGCUCAGCAACCUGGCAGCCAUUUUGGCUCCGGUGAAACAGGCAGUGAUUGAGUUGAGCAAUGAGAGCCGGCCCACCUUGCAGCUGGUACUGCCCACCUACGUCAAACUGGAGAAACUGUUCACUUCCAAAGCUAACGAUGCUGGCGUAGUCAGCAAACUCUGCCACCUCUUCUUGGAGGCGCUGAAAGAGAACUUCAAAGUUCAUUCAGCACACAAGGUAGCCAUGAUCUUAGACCCUCAGCAGAAGCUGCGGCCCGUCCCACCAUACCAGCACGAAGAGAUCAUUGGCAAGGUCUGUGAGUUGAUCAAUGAGGUGAAAGAGUCCUGGGCAGAAGAAACAGAAUUUGAACCUUCAACCAAGAAGCCUCGGGCAGCAGGGGAAGCCACAGCAGCUCAGGAAGAAGAUUGGUUCGGGAAAAAUGAAGUCUAUGAUUAUUUGCAAGAACCUCUCUUCCAGGCCACCCCUGACCUGUUUCAGUACUGGUCGUGUGUUACCCAAAAGCAUACAAAACUAGCCAAGCUAGCCUUUUGGCUCUUAGCAGUGCCUGCUGUUGGUGCCAGAAGCGAAUGUGUAAAUAUGUGUGAGCAGGCUCUCUUAAUCAAAAGGAGACGGCUACUCAGUCCAGAAGACAUGAACAAACUCAUGUUUUUGAAGUCUAACAUGCUUUAAGACUGUCUUUUAAUUAAAACAAAACUUUAAAACACUGUUCCAAACAAAGAAAAAGAAUUUUAAGUUCUAAACACUGUGGACCUCAUUAUGAAUGCCCCUGGAAACCAAGUGCUUUUUUAUAUAUAUAUAAAAAUAUAAAUAUAUAUAAAAUUAAGUUUGAAAGGAAAGCUGAGCACGUGAGAGAGACAGCCCUCUGCCAGGAACGUGCUCCUUUCCAUAGA